AUGUUGCUCGGUAUAUUCAAAUCACUCAUCAUUCAAGAAGACUCCUCUGAACCACCUCGAAGUGAGCCGAGCCACGGACCAGUCACCCCUUCAUCGUUGCCACUUCAUGUAUCAUUGGAAAAUGCAAAGAAGAUUGGAGUAUUGGACAGAGAAGAGGAAAGAAAGGCCAGCGAAACCGAAUCAUUUGAAUCAAUGAGCAAUGAUGCUGGGAGCUCCUCUAGUAGCAGUAGCUCCAGUGGGAGCGAGAGGCUGGCACCCCAGACGCCCAAGAACGAAGAUGAACCAGAGACCUUCACCAUCCCUCGCUCGAAAAGCAGUGGUGCUAUUGAUCGAAUUCGAAAGCAUAGACAAGACCGAAGAGCAAGUUUCGGGGAAGAAACAAUGGAUGGAACGCAGAGCCAAGAAGAAGGCUUAUGUGAAAAGAAAUCAGACCAGUUAUCACUGAGCCGUGCAAAUCUACAGCGAAUUCGAGAGCUCAGGAAUCGAAGAACUAAAAGUGUGCAAGCUGGACUUGGUGGAUCAGAUCCAUUACCCCUGAGUGGUGCCAAUAUUCAGCGAAUUCAAAGAACUACAAGCGUGAUGGAAGAAGGAUUUGAUGAUGAAUCGUCGAGUCAACCGCAUAGUAGUCUUUCUGAAUUUAACGAAACGGAGGAAAACCCAAUGCUCAAACCUCGAAAUCUUCCCUUACGAGUCCGUCGCACUCGAGAGAACAGCAGUGGCUCCAUAACAAGAAACUUGACAGGUGCAAGAAGUGGCGGCUUCUCCUCAAGAAGUUUAUUGACACGAAGUAGAAGUGGUACUAGUGAUUAUUCCAAACAAUCAUUAAUGCAAGGUCGCCAUGCUCAGUCUAUGGGAUCUCUCUCUUGGACGAAAGAAAAUAGUCCCUCGUCGCCAUCUUCGCGCAAUCACACUUGGCGUACAAGUAGCAGUGGGACAGCAGCACGGAUCAGGGAUCGACGAGGUCUGUCCCAAAGUGAGCAUGGUUCGGUCUCUGGAUCGCGUAUCGGUAACCUACCGGCAACCACGAGUGUAAAAGGCACGACCUUGGAACUAUUGGCCUUGAUUAAGAAGCGACGAAUGGCUAGACAAUCAUUGUCUCCUGUUCCAGCCAGAAAGACACAACCACGCCGACGUCGUUCCAGCUCCUUUUCUCCUGAUAGGGCGAGAAAGCGAUUGGAGCAGAAGGAGCUCGAUGCUCGAACUAUGUGCUUGUCCAUCGAAAACGAAACAUCGCGAGCCGAAUCUUCGGAUGCGUUGCAUGAUUCCUCCAACUCGAUCACCAAGACACCAGCCAGCACCAGUACGGGAGCAAUGCCACCUAGCAGCUAUGCCAGCCCUGCAGCCUCUGAUGCCGAAGAAUCAUGCUCAGCCAGUUUCGAUUCGUUCCAAGAUGACGAAGAAGAUCUCAGUGAUGAAGAAAGCGACGAAGAAAGCCACAUGUCUCCAAAGGGCGUUAUGGAGUUUUACCAAUCCUCCCAGGAUAAGUUUACCACCCAAGGAAUAGAUGCUGCUCACCAAGAGAAAGUGAAGCAGAUGCGUGCCGAAAUGGAAGCGUUACAGAAGCAGUUACGCCAGACGGAAGAAAACAAGGUCGGCGCCAUGCAACUUCUCAGGGAAGACGUGGACACUCGCAAGGCGAAAAUGAUGCAACUCGCAAAGAGGAAGAUUCAAUCACAUUUGGAGUCUGAGAUGGAGCUGAAGAUCUACACCAUGGAAGUGGAACAAACACGCCUCAAAAAGCUGAAGGAAGCCAUGGAAAAGGGCAAAGGGGAAUUGGAACGAACUGUUGCCAUAGCGGAAGGUGACAUUCAAAACAUGAUGAAAGAAAACGAACAUUUGGAUGCCGAAAACAAGGAAGUUCACCGUAUGUACACCCAUUUGUCCAAGUGGGUUGCGAAAAAGACAGUACAAAACGAGAAAUUAGUGAAGGCCGAAGAAAAGCUGAAGACAAUUCACAGCGGCUCCCUCAACCUCAUCGCCCAAGAGAAGCUGUCCACGCUUUACCGCCGAUGCAUGUACAGGGUUGCCCAAGGUGUCAACUCUUGCGAAGGCUUUGACUUUGAACUUAACGAGGAUGUUUGGGACAUGAUAAAAGAAGCUGAAGCCGAGGCCGGAAAAGAAGUCAUUGACCUACACGAGGUGGACGAGUGGGAAAAGGAGCUUGCUGAAAAUGAAACCCCCCUAGUCGGAAUGCGAUUCUCGGCUGGACUCGACAACAGUGAUGAUGUUGAUGGACUCACCAUGUCGAUUCGUACCAGAAGUACUCUUGAAAACCUCGACCUAUCGAGACGAAGCAGGGCUAGUCACGACUGUUCCUAUCGAACCGAUGGCACUGGCACCAGUAUCUCGGAGGAAGAAAUGUACUACAGCGAAAGUGAAAGCGAAAGCGAAGAUGACGAAGAAUUCGAAGAAGACAUGGAACGGCUCGAUGGCAGUGUUACUUUCUACGAGAAUGUUCUGGCGGAGGUAUCUGUGAAUCUGGACGCCAUACAAAUGAACACUCUUCACGAGAGCAAGGAUAUGUUGAUCAGCAUCUUCAAGUUCAUGGACGUUGAUGGAAGCGGGGAUGUUGAUUUGGAAGAGUUCAAAGUGGGGAUUGAGCUUUUGAACAAACGUCUACCCGAAUCGUCUCGUUUUGAGGAUGCUGAAGAAUUGUUCAAGCUGUUGGAUAAGGACAACAGCGGCAGCAUUGACCUCGAGGAGUUCGAGAGGGUCUUUGAUGAUAUGUAA